AAAAAAGGGGUCGAACGCGAGCUUUUGCCCCUUUCUGGUUCUUUGCCCGCCAAAUUACCCGAUUUCGAUCCAGAUCCUGCUUCGAUUCUUCCUUUGGAUCUGUGAAUCGAGGCUGCCUCGGUGCACACUCGUCUUCCUCUCUGGAUCGAAUUGCAGGUCAAACAUGUUUUUUAAGCAUAAUGAACAGAAUUUGGUUGAUGAUAAGGCCAGCCAACUUGCUAAUGAGCAACUCCAAGAAUUGGAUUGUGAUGGCCACCUUGCGUCAGCUGAUGGGAUUUCUUCAUCAAGGGCUAUCUCCGAGGAAUCUCCAUCUUCUGAUCGACUGCUGGAUAUCUUGGACAGCCAAGCGGAUAUGAAAGAUGUGGCUCAUCUUGCGUCCAAGACAAGUUUCCCUAGCAUUCAUGGUAAUAGUUGCUUGUUACCAGUGAUGAGCAUCAUCACUGAUAGGGUUUUGUCAGAGCAAAGCAAACGCCCUUUCUCUGAUGAUGAAGUAUACCUACUUGCAUGCAAGCGCCUAAAGCAAGUGGACAAGAAUGUUUAUUUGGAUUCAUAUGCAGAAGUCCAGUUUAGAGAAUCUCUGACACCAUCUUCAGGCUUAGUUGUUCCCAAUGACCAUCUGAAGAACAGUGAUGCAUCUCGUCAUGUAGAUCAUUUUAAUAAGGGAACUGGUAGAAACCAGUUUAUAUCCAAUCCUGAUGAUGAAGAGGCAGUUUUGGGAUCACCAGUUGGCUUAGAUUCCCUUUCUAGUUAUUAUGAAAAUUACCACCACACAAUUGGGCUAUGUCAAGCAGACGAGUUCUUGUCACCUGCUUUUGAUUACUUUCCUCGAAAACCUGUUGCUAUUGGAGCAAAUCAUCAAGCUGAUGUUCCAGAGUGGAGUUCACAUAGUUGUAAGAAAAUUGGUGACUGUGGUCAUUGUGCUUCUCCAUUGGUCUAUUCAACUGUUUGUCAUUUAGUAAACGAAGAUGACAGUGAAAAAUGGAUUCAUUCUUGUAUCAUUCCAAUGCCAGAGUCCUCUUUGUUGGCAUCAGAAAUUAGAGAUGUGCUUCAUAAAACUGACUGUAGCUGUCUGGAUGAGGGUUCAGUCAGAUGCAUAAGCCAGCAUGUAAAGGAAGCAAGAGAAAAGCUUAAGAAAUUUUUGGGACAGGACAUGUUUGAACGAUUGGGUUUAUGUGACAUGGGAGAGGAUGUAGCUUGUAAAUGGACCAUAGAGGAGGAGCAUUUGUUUCAAGAAGUUGUCCUAUCAAAUCCUGAAUCACUCGGUAAGAACUUCUGGGAUGUGUUGCCUUAUUUCUUUCCUGCUCGGAGUAGCAAAGAGCUAGUCAGUUACUAUUUCAAUGUAUUCAUGCUUCGGAAGAGGGCCGAACAGAACAGGUUAGAUCCAUCGAAUGUUGAUAGUGAUGAUGAUGAAUGGCAAGGAAGUGAUGAUGAUGAGUUUGCAGCUGAAGAGGAAAACGAAGAGGAUUCUAUUGUAGAGUCUGUUGCAGAUGCAGAUGCUGCUACCUGUAACCGAGCUGAUCACGAGGAUAUCAAGAUGAAUGAAGAUCAUGAGGGUGGAGAUGAGCUUGAUGAACAUGCCAUUGUUGGGGAGAAUGAAGGAGCUUCUUGUGUUGUUUCUGAAGGCUACAAUAUUGAUAAGCCAAACUUUGUGCCUCCAAAAGAACCUAUGGACAAGAAUUUGCAGAAUUCUGUGGUGGAGCAAGAUGUUCAAGAUGAAUCAUGUACGUCCUAUGAGGAUCAGCACGGUGCAGAUUCCUGUGGUCUCACGGAGACUGUGGAUGUGCAGCAUUGUCUGAUUGAUGGACUAUGAGAACUUGCAGGAGUAAUAAAAAAUGAUGACUCAAGUGAUAUAUGUUGAAUCAAGGGUUCUUCAAUGGCCAUUGCCACAAAAUCAUGGGGCGCCAAUUUUACUUGAGGUGCAGGAAAAGAUGAUAUUUUGUCAUGUAAACCAUUGAUUAGGAUGUUGGCAAGGAGGUUUGGUAGAAUGAUGAAAAUGGUAGUCAGGAUCUUAACCAGUCACGAUAAUUGCAAUAAACAUUGUUCUCCCUUGCCAUGCAUAUCAAACACAUGAUUAGGUAUUUUAAUUUUCUGAAGUUGUUGUCCUCUGUUUAGGCAUGCGGGUGGAUCUAAAGGCACGCGGAACUUCCUUUGUACAUUAUGGAAGAUCAGCAAUCACAACUUCUGUAAAGUAAGUUUUCUCAGAUGAGUUUGGUCGAGGUUCCAUGGAGUACUAAAAGGUUUCUCUCAUGGACUACUAACGUCCACUAUGAGUUGGACAAUCCUUUUUGGUAGGCCCUCCUCCUCUUCUUUUUCUUAUGAUGAUGAAAUGUUCCAGAGGGAAACAAGUUGUGUAGAACCUCCCAGAAUUAAGCAUAUGAGGUUUGUCACCGGGAACCCAUUUCUUCUUAUGUAUUAGUCUUAAUCUGGCUUCUUGUUUUGUGCAUGUUGGUUACCAAUAGUACAAGAUUUUAGCGACGGUCCAAUGUUGGGUUUCUGGUUCGUUCAGGGCGCAAAUAUCAUUUGCUAUUGAGCAAUGGGCAGUUCAUUGCUCUCCUGUAAGUAAGUUUUGACUUCAAUGACUGGUUUGGACUUCAGAUAGAUUUCUUGUCAAAACAUGUGUCAGUACAAAGGCAAAGAUGGAUGGGAUUUUGAUA